AUGCGCAUACUGUCCGGUAUCCUGCCCACCCUUCUAGCCAUUGCAGCUGAAAGCAAAUACAUUGUCCCCGGGGGUAGAUGGUACGACACUGAUGGGACCUUAAUUAGUGCGCACGGAGGCGGGAUUACCUUUGACCAGAAAUCCAGCCUCUUCUGGUGGUUCGGCGAGUAUAAAACAGAAGCACGGCCGGAAGGCGGAGGCGUAUCUGUUUAUAGUUCUAAGGAUUUAAGGACCUGGACAUCAGGGGGACUGGCCCUAGCUCCAAUCGAGGGACAUCCCUAUAUCUCGCCUGAUAACGUAAUCCAGAGACCUAAAGUGGCCUACAGCUCGGAAACUAAUGAUUAUCAUAUGUGGUGGCAUGCCGACAACUCCACCUAUGGGCUCCUUCUUCAAGGGCACGCGAUAUCCUCCAAAAUCGGCGGUCCGUACACUUUUGUUGACGCAACCGCGCCUCUCGGGAACUGGUCACAGGAUUUUGGCAUGUUUACUGAUGACAAGGACGGCCGGUCAUACGCCCUCUAUUCAAAUGGCGAUAGCCAAUUUGGGCGAGAUGUAUACAUCUCAAGAAUGAACAAAAAUCUCACCGCAAUCGAACAAGCCGUCUAUCGAUUCCCGAAAUUCGACCUUGAGGCACCCGCGAUCAUGAAGACAGACAAGAGCUAUUGGGCAUUGAUGAGCCACAAGACGGGAUACAGGCCAAAUAACGUCGUCGCAUUUCGUGCCGACUCACUGAACGGACCUUGGUCCCAGCCAUUUAUUGUUGCUCCUCUAAACACGAGAACCUUUAACUCACAGUCUAGCUCGGUACUCAAAAUUGAAGGGACAAAGAAGACAACGCACUUAUACAUCGGAGACCAAUGGGACUCAAAUUCUGUCUGGGACAGUCGUUAUGUCUGGCUGCCAAUUCAGACUGAUGAAGACAAGAAGACACUAGUGUUGAACUGGCAUGAUAUUUACGAUCUUGACGUAAAAACCGGGGAAUGGAAACCUAUCAAGGGAACAACGUACACAGCAAAAGUUGCGAGGACGCGUGGGGAAGCAUACAAGCAGGAAGCCAACUUCGCUACCGACGGCAUCAUCAUCACAGGAAUAUAUGGAAAUGACAGUACUGUUACGUUUGAGAAUGUCGAGGGAUCAGGAGGUACACAAUGGGUGUCAUUUUACUAUCAAAAUAUUGAUGAUAUGGGAUUCGGCGACCAACCUGGAGGUACCCCAGACAGAAUCGGUGGCUCAUGGCAGCUGCGUCGGAUUGGCAGCGUCAUGGUCAACGGAGAUUCGUCAAGCAUACAAACCUUGUACCAAAGGGAUACACAUAAGGGAAUCAUUCUCUCCACGCCUCUGCAGCUAAAGCUGAAGAAAGGAUACAACACCAUCACUGUCGGGGGCCUCUAUAAUGGGUUUGAUUAUAAGGGCGCGGAUUUGGAUCGGAUAGUUGUGUACCCUACUGAGGGCUAG